AUGAUGGUUAUCCGGUUGAGUACUCAUGGAUGGUGUGUCUUGAUUAUAAGCGUUUUGGUCAUAUUCCUUUACUACUUAUCGUCAUUCAAUCCUAUUGGACAUCUGAAAGGCGAGGUUAUUAGUGUCCGAAGGCUGUUAACUCGGUGUAUACAUCUUUCUGAAGAAGCUGGUGGUCUUAUAAAAUCUAUACACUACACGAACAAAUUGAAUUCACGCAUAAAAUCUGGAGGUACGCUUAAAAAAGAACUGUUAACUGACGCUGAUCUGGGAUCUCAUCAAAUUAUUGUAUCUGGGAUCUCGUCAACGUUUCCGGAGUUGAAGGUUCGAUCUGAGGAGCAUGUGAUGGUUGAACACUACCAAUCAGAUUAUGCCAACAAUGUUUUCCAUUCAGAUUUUCUAAGUUCCCUUCCUAAUGAUGAUCUGUUUGUGCCCGUUACAGACUUGGUAGUAUGGAUAGAUCCACUAGACGCCACUCAAGAGUAUACAGAAGGUCUAACUGAAUACGUCACAGUUAUGAUUUGCAUCGUCCUUCAUAAUCGUCCAAUAGCCGGUAUUGUCCACCAACCGUUUCUGAAUAAAACAUAUUGGGGUUGGGGUUCGUAUGCACGUUCAUCGGACUUGCAAUCGGCUAUAGAAACCCGUAAAGCACUUCCUACUAAAGGUACCUUAUCCGUAACUUAUUCACGUUCACACCUAAAUGAAUCACGAAUGAAAGGUUUAAUAAAACUAGUGGCUCCAAAUCAAGUUCAUUUUAUACCAGCUGGUGGUUCAGGUUAUAAGGUGAUCAGUGUGAUUAAAGGUGAUGCAGAUUUGUAUGUCCACCCAUCAUCUACCCGUCGUUGGGAUGUUUGUGCUGCACAAGCAAUUUUAGAGUCUGCCGGUGGUCGUUUAACUGGACUCGAUGGUUCUCUUCUCGAGUAUGCUUCUAAAGCCGAGCCUGUCAUUCCAGAUAAGAUUGGAUUAUUGGGUGCUGGAGAUCAAAAAUCUUAUGAUAUUUGGAUUGAUAGAAUGUACAAAUUUUUUAAUACCUAA